AUGGCUCGGGGUUCGGUAAAGGACGCCUUUGGCGAGGGCGCUCCCCCUUCCAACUUAGACUUUCCUAGAGGAAACCUCACGGCCGCUGAAAUUAUAGCCUACUUCCCACAUUGGCUGAAGAGUGUGGAUGUGAUCCAACGAUUUGCCAACAAUGGAGCAACGGCCAAGGUUAUAGCACAAAUGAUGAAUAGGUUCCGUACUUUUGACCACCACAUAAGUUACCCGGCAAAUUCUAUAACUAUAAUGAUGCAACACCCCAUGCGGCGACAACACCCACAGUGGACGCUUGGUAAAUACAUAACCUUCCUCACAGAAGCUGAGAAAAGAGCUUGGAAUAACCUGAAUAUCGACGUGGGUGGUUUUCGAACUCCUCGCAUCACUCAUCCAAAGGCCGGCAAUAUGAACCACGCCGCAAACCACCCAGUGCCACCCAUAAACUUUCGUGACCUCGCCAGACACAUCAAGCAACAUCCCACUGGGGACGAUGCCCUUGACCUCACGCGGUGCGUACAGUAUGCAAUCAAUAACCCAGAGCGGGAAUGGCUGUUCCCAAGAGACUUUCAACGACUCGUCAACCGCAUCGGCGGGCCCAAGCAAGUGUCAAAUGGUAAUCUCGACCGUGCUGUAUUCACACGUUACGCAAAUGGAGGCCGUAUAGGGCAUCCCAUACAAGUAGGACCGCCCCCUCCUCCUCCUCCUCCUCCUCAUCCUCCUACUAUUAAUCCUCCAAUUCAGCCUUCUCCUCAUCCUGUUCUUCCUGCCGCUCCUGCUGCUGGCUCAAAGCGGAAGCGUCCAUCAUGGGAAUCUCAAUCCGAGGCAUCUGCAUCAUCCAAGCGUCCCCGUAUAGAUAACCCAUCGGAAGAAUCGGAAGAAAAUGUGCAAGAAGACAUAGAAGAAGCUACGGAACAAACUACAGAACCAAACAUAGAGGAGGCUGUAGAAAAUGUAAUAGGGGAAUUCGUACGCAGAUCCGUGGAUGACGCCGUGGAAAAAAAUCACGAUAAUCCUGAAAGUAACGAAGAUGAAGUCGAAAGCGCUGACACAGAUGAACUGGAUUCGUAUACUCACCCAGGGUUACAUGCGCCAGCGACCUUUUCAAGUACUGGCUACAGUCAGAGUACUGGUUUUGUAGGACAUAUUGACAAACGGCAUAAGAGGCCCAGACCCGUCGAGGAAAGUGACGGUGAUGAUAGCACUAUUCCACCGAAACGCCCCCGUCUGUUGGCUCAAGAACACACGACGGACAUUCAUUUGCCAGCAACAGAUGGCCUCUCACAUGACGGUUCUGGAAUGUCCCAAUACGGGUACAUGGGCAACGAACAUGGAAACUUCAGUUUCUGUCCCUACUCUCUGACUUCUGUUACCCCAGAUCCCGCUGGAAGCACUCCAGGAUAUUUCGAUAAUAUCCAGAACACAACUCCGACACCAGUGUUUCCGGAGACGGUCACCCCAGCCCCUGAUCCUAUAUCCCAACCGGUGCAAGAAAGCCAGACCGAAGGAAACAAAGAGAAACCACCGCCGUAUCUUGAACCAUUACCACUGCCAGAAUUUAGACCCAUCAUACAUUUCUAUAAUGUGCACGAGUAUGCGGCAGACGGUGCUGUCGACCAAUGGGAUUCCGCAUACGAUUUCUAUCGCAGGACCGCGUAUGGGAUUGCCUUACCAAGGCUGGAAGCGCCACACCGCGAGCUGCAUCGACUGAGCGUACCGAACGACGGAGACAUAGGCGAAUUUGCGGAAAGUGUCCGUUGGGCGAGGCAACAAUGGGACUGGUACGGAUCGGUCUGGCUCGAGAAUCCAUUCUCGCUGGCUUUUAUAUAUGAGCACCGUAAAAUGACCUUAUGGCACAGCGAUGUCCUCGAUAAGCUUUUAUGAGACGAUGAUCAAGAUGAGUCUGUAUGAAAGUUAUAUAACCUAUGACGA